AUGUUUACCAAUAGCAUAGUAAGGGCCAGAACUGGUUUUCGUCGCUUAUACUCAACCCUUAAAGCCCAGCAUGUUGAAAUCAAUGGUACAAGUUAUAAGACCAACUCCAAGAUUACAAAUGUUACAGAUUCAAUAAUAAAGCUUACAGGUAAAUCAUUGCAUCUCAAAGAAUCACACCCAGUAGGUAUUCUUCGUGAUCUGAUUGAGAAGAAAUUGAACUCCGUCGACAAUGCUUUCAAGACUUUUAAUAAUUUCGAACCUGUGGUAACUACUAUGGAAAACUUUGAUUCUUUAGGGUUCCCCAAGGAUCAUCCUGGAAGGUCGACGUCAGACACCUACUACAUAAAUGAAACGCAAUUGUUGAGAACACACACUUCUGCGCACGAACUGGAAUGCUUCCAAAAGAUAAAGAACAAUGCAGACAACAAUAGAAGUGCGUUUCUAAUAUCCGCGGAUGUGUACAGAAGAGAUGAAAUUGAUAAAACCCAUUAUCCAGUAUUCCAUCAAAUGGAAGGGGCUACCGUCUGGAAACGAACGAGGGCUAGUGAUGGUUCAAGAGAACCUGCCCACCUUGCGAAGAUUCGUAACGAUAUCAAAUUGGUCGAGAACCAGUUAAAUAAAGAGAAUGUCAAGAUAACUGUUAACGAUGAUACGAUACCUUUGAGCGAAGAUAAUCCUAAACAGGAGUAUAUGUCCGAUCUAGAGGUUGAUUUAUGUUCGCAACAUUUAAAAAGAUCCAUUGAGUUGAUCGUUUCCGAAGUUUUUAAUAAAAAAAUCUCCAGUAUGAUCGAGAAUAAAGGGAACGAUAUACCCAAAAACCUGAAGGUUCGUUGGAUUAACGCUUACUUCCCUUGGACAGCGCCUUCAUGGGAAAUCGAAGUUUGGUGGCAGGGCGAAUGGUUAGAGCUUUGUGGAUGCGGUUUGAUUCGUCAAGAUGUGCUUUUGAAAGCCGGCUAUAGACCUUCUGAAACAGUUGGAUGGGCUUUUGGUUUGGGGUUGGAUCGUAUUGCUAUGCUUCUUUUCGAGAUCCCUGAUAUCAGACUGCUUUGGAGCUCUGAUGAAAGGUUUUCAACGCAAUUUUCCAAGGGUUCAAUUACCUCUUUCAAACCAUACUCAAAACAUCCAGGCUCAUUCAGAGAUGUUGCUUUUUGGUUACCAAAGGAUAAGCCAGAUGUUCAUCAAGUUCAUGAAAACGACUUGAUGGAAAUCAUUAGAAAUAUUGCAGGAGAUCUAGUAGAGAGCGUCAAGCUAGUUGACAGUUUCACUCACCCAAAAACCGGUAGAAAAUCAAUCUGCUAUAGAAUCAACUACCAAUCGAUGGACAGAAAUUUAACAAAUGCUGAAGUCAACGCCCUGCAAAACAUGGUUUGUUCCAAGUUGGUUGAAGAAUACAACGUAGAACUUAGAUAG